GUGAGAGAGUGGAGUGAAACACGUAAGGGAGUGUUGUGAGGUCCUUUUAUUUUCUGUUUCUAACAUUCCCUGCAGGUUUUAAUCAUGUCAAGCAGUGAUGAUAUAAAACACCAAGUGGAUGAUUCUUUCAUGCUCAAAGCUAUGCAACAACAAUUUCAGAGGCUAGACAUCAUGUUUGGUGAAAUUAAAGACAAAAUGGAGAAGCAAGAUGCAGCCAUUGCCAAGUUAUACCAAAUACAGAAUGGAAGUCCAAAUUUGCAUAAUCACGAUCUUGAUGACAAUGAUGAAGAUGCAUUCAACGAUGAUGCCCAGAACUCAAAUUUCAGCAUGGAUAGAUUUAUGAGAGGUAGAGGGGGUCAAAGAUAUAGAUUUAACAAAGGAGACCAAAAUCUGGCAAGGUGGGGAGAUCAGCAAGAUCAUGACUUAGGCAGCAUCAAGAUGAGGAUUCCUCCAUUCCAAGGCAAAAAUGAUCCAGAUGUGUAUUUGGAGUGGGAAAAGAAGGUGGAAUAUGCCGUUGAUGGAGAACUGCUUGCCACUAGGCGAGCUUUGAAUGUGCAAGCCAAAGAAGAUGAUGAAGGACAACGUGACAAGAUAUUUUACACAAGGUGCCAUGUUAAAAACAAGGACUUCAAGGAUGUGUUUCUAGAUGACGUUCCUAAUGGUUUACCACCAAUAAGAGGAAUCGAGCAUCAAAUCGACUUCAUUCCUGGUGUAACAAUUCCAAACCAACCAGCAUAUCGAAGCAAUCCCAAUGAGACGAAAGAACUUCAAAGGUGGGUCGAAGAACUAAUGAAAAAGGGACAUGUGAGAGAAAGCAUGAGUCCACGUGCAGUUCCAGUGCUACUUGUGCCUAAGAAGGAUGGCACUUGGCGUAUGUGCAUUGAUUGUCGCGCGGUCAACAAAAUCACUGUAAAGUAUUGUCACCCUAUUCCUAGAUUAGAUGACAUGUUAGAUGAGUUGCAUGGUUCUUGCAUAUUCUCUAAAAUUGAUUUAAAGAGUGGAUAUCAUCAGAUUAGGAUGAAGGAAGAAGAUGAAUGGAAAACAGCCUUUAAAAUGAAACAUGGUAUUGGCAUUGGUGCUGUUUUGAUGCAAAAGCGGCGACCUAUUGCGUUUUUCAGUGAAAAAUUGACUGGUGCAACACUUAACUGUCCUACUUAUGACAAGGAGAUGUAUGCAUUGGUAAGAGCUUUAGAGACAUGGCAACAUUAUCUUUGGCCUAAGGAGUUCGUGAUACAUAUUGAUCAUGAGUCGUUGAAGCACCUGAAAGGACAAGGAAAGGAAAACAUUGUGGCUGAUGCAUUAUCUCGUAGGUUCUCGAAGAUGGGACACUUCAUUCCAUGUCAUAAAACUGAUGAUGCAACCAAUAUUGCGGAUCUAUUCGUCAAGGACGUUGUUCAAAUACUUGGCAUUCCAAGGACUAUCGUUUUUGAUCGCGAUGUCAAGUUCUUGAGUUACUUUUGGAAGACAUUGUGGGGAAAGUUGGGAACUAAGCUACUGUUUUCGACUACUUGUCAUCCACAAACUGAUGGACAAACAGAAGUGGUUAAUAGGACGUUGUCAACCUUAUUGCGUUCUAUUAUUCAGAAGAACUUGAAGAACUGGGAAGAGUGUUUGCUGCACGUUGAAUUUGCUUAUAAUCAGAGCGUCCAUUCAGCAACUAACUGUUCACCAUUUGAAGUUGUGUAUGGUUUUAAUCCACUCACUCCUUUAGAUUUAUUGCCUUUACCUAUUGACGAACAAGCUAGUUUGGAUGGGAAAAAGAAAGCUGAAGUGGUUAAGCAAUUGCAUGAAAGGGAGCGAUUCCUUGCACAAAGGCGUUCUAAGCUGCAACCAAGAGGCGAUGGACCAUUUCAAGUGAUUGCGAGGAUUAAUGACAACGCAUACAAGUUGGAGCUUCCUGGUGACGAUUUGAGGACAAAUCCUUUUCAAGAGAGAAGGAAUGAUGGGAAUCAAGAUGACAACAUAUCUACUACAUCAUGUGAUCCAUUACACACCCAAGGAGGUCCAGUCAUGCGAGCUAGAGCUAAGAAGAUGCAUGAAGCUUUAAAUGGCCUUAUUGAGUAGAUCUGGGUUGAAAACAACAUACAACAAGCAAAUAGAAACUUGGAUGAUUAUCGAGGCAUGGUAAACAUCAUUCAGGUUCAAGAGAAGCUUAGUUGAGGUAAUUUGCACGGAAUUACACAAUUUGCGUCAAAAUCGCACAAUUUUGCUACAAUUUGUAGUAAACUGAUAUUUCAUGU